GCGAAGUGAAGUCAUAUGUUUUAAAAAUUUGAGCUGUUGUCGCCACCGUGCACUAUUGACGGACCACCAUCGCAUCAUCGAUCAUCGUCACUAUCGUACGGAAAAUACAAAGAGGACGUAGAGAAUUUCAUUACCAUGUUUACCUGCGGACGUUACAUGACUGCAAACCAACGAAAAUAUUGGAAUUAUUCCUCCGUUAAACGACUUUUAUUCACAAUUGUAUUGUUGACAACAAGUAUUGAAAUCAACGCGAGCAAUAUUAAUUUUACGGAAAGUGGAUCAGGCCAAGAAAUAAACUGCACGGUUUAUAGGUCCUGCACAAAAUGUGCUGAUAUAUCUAUUUGUAGCUGGGCGAUUCAAAAACAAAUUUGUCUCUAUUCAAAUCAGAGUCUCUCAGAGAAUCACGGAGUGGUUACAAAAGAAUCAUGCCCAAAGUAUGCCGUUACCUUAAAGACCGAAGAUAAACAUUAUCAAAUACAAGUUACGGUUUUGAAUAUUACGGUAGAAAGUGUAAGAAAUUUUUUUAACAAAAACGCAGUUAUUAGUUGUGAAAUAGAAAAUAAAAUUUACAACGCUUCAAUCGAUAAUGAAGUAAUUACUUGUAAAAAAAAUAUUAUUUCUCCCGCCAAACAAAUAUCAGAUAAAAUCAAUCCUUUGUUUAUUUUGUAUUUUUCAAUCAUUGUCAACGGCGUGAGAUUACAAUUUGACGAUCCGCGAGAUCAUUACGUCAGUUAUCGCAGUCGGACCUGCCCCAACGUGAAUUGUUCGAUCGUUUUUUGGGAAAGUGAUUCGAAAAAAUAUUACUGUAAAUGGUGUUUGAAAAACGAUAGUUGUCAGACAACGGCCGACCCGAGGAGCAAUUGCGACGUACGGGACGCGAUUAACAACGAGAAGUGGAACAACGACGACACGGCUUUGUCCGCGAUCGAAGUAAAAAGUCCCGAGCUGGCGAUCGAAUCUUUCAACCCGGACGUAUUGAUUUUCAUACGUAAAAUGCCAGCGGCCGUGAACAUAACCGUCAAGAAUCACGAGCUAUUGGCCGACGGCAGUCGGUUGAAAACUGUGACUGUGGCAGGGCAGAGUUGUGAAAAUGCGACCAUGGUCGACGAUCAGACGAUAAAUUGCAUCGUUAGUCCCUAUGCGCAAAAUAUAGUCGAAGGUCCGGUGCUAGUCGAGUACGAGUGGGUGACGGCGUCUACGGUGACGUUGCGAUCGACACAGAAGUUCAAGUUCGUCAAACCGCGUUUCACGGGCGUCAGCCCAACGUGUGUCCCCGCUUCCGGAGGUACCCGGAUUGAACUGACCGGCGAGAAUUUGAACGCCACGACUUUCGUGCAGGUCUUCUUCAAAAAAACAAAAACGAAACCGAUGUGUGAGAUCGUCGAGCUCUUCAGCGACCGAAUAAGCUGCACGACUGUAGCCAACGACAGAGAUCAAAAACCCGGCUUGUUGCGAAUCGAAUUCGAAGGAAUGAUGGAAUUUUACUGCAGAGAAAAUUUGUUCUCGUACGUCGACGAUCCAAUCGUCCAGGACGGUCAAGUGUUCGCGGGAAUCGCGUCGGGCGACGUGCCGUUGAUUGUCCAGGGCGUUUUCAAUUGCACGGAAAAUCAACGGAUGUACGUGGACGACUACAACGGUACGAGGCGCUACGGCCGUUGUGCGUUGCGCACCAUUAACGGCACCGCAGCGAUGCACUGUCGGCCGCCAAAGUUCGACAGUCCGGCGCAGACAAUGAGCCUCCCCCUCGGGUUUAGCGUCGAAUUGGCCGGCAAAGUCGUGGAUUUUCAGCGACAGCCGCCCUACAGUUACAUGCUGCACCCCGAUCCGGUGUACGCGGACUUCGAAGUUCGCGACGUCGACGUCAUCCGCGUAAACGGCUGGUUCCCGGACCCGUUGCAACGCCGUCGGUCGGACGGCAACUAUUUGCUCGAGGUCGUAGCAUUGCAGCAUGGCGAACAUUUGGACGACGACGACGACCAUACGUGCGCCCUGACCUAUGUGACCGACGAUCACUUUGAGUGCCGGUCGCUGUCCGGCAAGUCAUUAGUCGACACUCUGGAAAUCGAAAUCGCGCUGGGCGAACAGACGAAACGGACCGUGGUGCGCAGAAGGCACGACCGGCAUUAUACGAUCGUUCGGCUACUAAGACCGCAAUACGUCGUUGGCGGUAUUUCGCUAUUGCUGAUAUGCGUGUUUGCACUGAUCGUCGGCGCAAAGAAAAUAAUGAACCGUUCCAAGCGACACGUGGACAGGCGAUAUCUGGGUGAACUUCGAAACAUCACCGCUGGAAUAGACGAGAGCAAUCACUAUUUAAUCAACUCGAACACGGGCCGGUGAGGCGAACACUCGAAUACGAAGGGGGGGGGGCAUUGAGUUAUGUACGGAUGUAAAUUUUUUUUUUCAAUUGUACAAAUAAAUAACGCGCGCACUAAAAUAGUAUAUAAAUAGUUUUCAACUAUUAAAAUUAUCAAUGCUGUUACGUGAGUUUGUUGAACAGAGUUUUUGUAUUUAUUUUUUACUUGAGACACGAGAUUGUGUUAUAACAUGAGAUAUAAAGUUGUGUUUUUCAGUAAUACAUGUUUUAACUGUUUGAAUUAAUUGAUCUUCUACGUUAUGCGCUGUGUUUAUAGCACGAAGUCAAACGCAUCGUCACUACUUCUUAUGCUCUUGAUGUAUUUUUAUUCUAUAACAUACACUUAAUUCUUACAUAGACACUCUUUUCUUAUAUUUAUAUUUUAUAUCUUUAUAACUUUGAAAUGCUGU